GCAGGUUUAUAUAAAUAGCGGCUGCUCGUUUGUUUUAUCUGCACUUAUGAGAUAAGUUUGGACUAUGAACCAUCUUGUUCCUAGAUUUAUUUAGAAACCUGUAACAUUUUCCAGAUCAAUCAGUUGCUCUGGCUGUGAAUUGGACUUUGGCAGUACCUUCAGCAGUGACCCACUCCACCAUGAGUAACUACAGCGUGUCCUUGACCGGACCUUCACCCUGGGGCUUCAGACUACAGGGUGGCAAGGACUUCAACAUGCCUCUCACCAUCUCCAGACUGACAGAAGGAGGAAAGGCAGCGAAAGCCAAGAUCAGCGUCGGGGAUGUCGUGCUGUCUAUUGAUGGCAUCGCCACGGAUAGCAUGACACACCUGGAAGCCCAGAAUAAAGUCAAAGCCUGUAUGGGAAACCUGAACCUCUCGCUGCUGAGAUCUUCCAGUAUCACUAAAACAGACACUUCGAAGGAGGAACCGCAGGAGAUCAUAAAGCCGGUGCCCAUCAGCCAAACACCUGGGGCCUCCACCGGCCCCGCCAGCAUUGCUUAUAAUAAGACAGCUCGGCCCUUUGGCGGAACGACUAACACUGUCAGAUCAGUCAGUCCCAAAGCCUCCAUCCCCUCCGCCUCGUCUGCCUUCACUCCAGCCACUCCCACCCAGCAACCUGGCUCCGCCCCCAAACCUACCUCUGGUCACUCCCCCUUUGUUAACUCCUCCUCCACACCCUCCUCUGGCUCCUCCUCCCCGGCGAGAGUGAUGGCUCCGCCCCCGGCCCCCGUCGCCCCUCAUUCGUCCGUCUAUAACACGCCCAUCAACCUCUACUCCAAUGAGAACGCGUGUGAGGUGGCCUUGGGCCAGAGGCGUGGCCUGCUGGAGAGCAAAGCCGCAGGGGAACAGCACAACGGAAGCGCUCGUAAGCCCGUGCUGGAGCCGGAGGGCAAUCACGUCUCGGCUGUCAGUGAUGCCAGUAAGAAGCGCGUGAUCGAGGACACGGAGGACUGGCAUCCUCGCUCUGGCACGUCUCAGUCCCGCUCCUUCCGCAUCCUGGCACAGAUCACAGGCACAGAGAACGAACCCGCUCAGGAGAACCGGCCGGGGAAGAACGAGGCCACAGAGGCGCUUCAUCCCAGUUCUCAUGCCACUUCUUCAGUCAAAACCAUGAGCACAGCGUCCGCUGGAGCCCAGCAGAAGGACAACGGCGUCCCUCCAUCCGCAGCUAAGAGCCAUCAGUCGAGCAGCGCCGCAGGGUUUCCCAAAGCAGGUGCACCUGCGCCGCAGACGGGGCCCUCGAUCGGACGGGUCAGCAGCAAGGGCCCGGAUCGACCCGCUCCUCAGGUUCACCCCAGUGACCAGGACGACUCGCUGGUGCAGAGAGCCGAACACAUCCCAGCAGGAACACGCACACCUAUGUGUGCACACUGCAGCAUGGUCAUCAGGGGUCCGUUCCUGGUGGCGAUGGGUAAAUCGUGGCAUAAGGAGGAGUUCAUCUGCUCUCACUGCAGCAGUUCUCUGGCAGACGUGGGCUUCGUGGAGGAGCGUGGAUCUGUGUACUGCGAGCGAUGUUACGAGCGGUUUCUGGCCCCGACCUGCUUCAGAUGCCAGCAGAAGAUCCUGGGGGAAGUCAUCAAUGCCCUGAAGCAAACCUGGCAUGUGAACUGCUUCCUGUGCACCGCCUGCCAGCAGCCCAUCCACAACAACACCUUCCACCUGGAGGACGGACAGCCGUACUGCCAGACCGAUUACUACACCCUGUUCGGCACCAGCUGUCACGGCUGUGACUUCCCCAUCGAAGCGGGCGAUAAGUUCGUGGAGGCGCUGGGCUUCACCUGGCACGACACCUGCUUCGUCUGCACGGUGUGCAGCACGAGUCUGGAGGGUCAGACCUUCUUCUCCAAGAAAGACAAGCCCUUGUGCAAGAAGCACGCUCACAGCGUCCAGUUCUGAUCUCACGGAGAAACACCUUGCUGGUCAGAUUUAUUCCAGUACAUGAAU